AGUGGAGGCGAAAUCCCGUUUUGAAGAGGGGAGGGAGCGAUGUGACUGUGGGUGUUGGACAGCAGAGGAACCACGCAGCGACAAGAAAAAGUCGGGGAGCGCUCCUGAAAUCACGUGCUGUGGAUGUACUCACGGGGAGAGAGGGAGUAAAAGUUGUUUUCCUUCUCCUCCUUGCCUCGGCUCCUCCGCCCUGCGUUCCGCGGAGCAGCAGCUGCGUUUUGAUGCCCCUGCGCACCCGAGGAGGAGAGGAAGGAGAGAAGUGUGAGGAAGAGGAGGCAGAAACAGAAGCGAGGAAGGCCUGGACACCACCCCGUCUCGCCUUCUGGGAGUCGCUCCACUCUCCCCUCCUGGCCCUGCAUGGACGGGGAUGGGGAGAGCCGGAUGCUGUGGCCGCGGGGCUGAGCGCCUCGCCUCCGCGUCCAUGGUGCGCCGCUUCCGGCCACUGCUGCUGCUGAUCGCCGCUCUGUGCUGCGGAGCUCACAUAGGUCAGUGCCAGGUGGCCACCACUCAGUGUCGAAUCCAGAAGUGCACCACUGAUUUCGUCUCCCUGACCUCCCACCUGACGCCUGCCGUGGAUGGCUUUCACACUGAGUUCUGCAAGGCUUUACGCGCCUACUCAGCCUGCACCCAGAAGACAGCCAAGGCCUGCCGGGGAAACCUGGUCUUCCACUCAGCUGUGCUGGGCAUCUCGGACCUCAUGAGCCAGAGGAACUGUUCCAGAGACGGGCCAACGUCUUCCACGCACCCCGAGAUCCACCCUGAACCCUGCAACUACCACAGCCGUACCCAGCAUGCCCACACACACUCCCACGGGCACACACACUCACACUCUCACAGCCAUGGCCACGGCCACUCUCAGCCUGAGUACUACUUCUGUGGGUUGUUUGGGGACCCGCACCUAAGAACAUUCAAGGACAGUUUUCAGACUUGUAAGGUGGAGGGGGCGUGGCCUCUGAUUGAUAAUCACUACCUGUUGGUGCAGGUCACUAACGUUCCUGUGGUUCCCGGCUCCAGUGCCACAGCCACCAAUAAGUGUUCAGCCAUUAAUAAUUAG